GAGGGCGCUGUUUCGCCCACAAACAGGCCGAAAGAGCAGCAGCUUUACCUCACUGCCCUUCCAGCAGCAUCUCACCUUCAGCCGGCCACACGCACAUCCGCCGACGCCCCUGAAAGAGACCAACGAAAACCGGAGACACAAGCUGCGCCUAAAAGAGACAACCAAACAGGGCGACAGCGUUCAACAUCAGGGCCGAUUGAUUUAAUGAUGUAGGGCUUAUUUUGCGGUUUGACAUCUAAUUUAGCCUGUCCGCUUCACUGCGACACAGAAAUCCCGCAUAGAUUUUCUGCAACCUUUCCUCGCCUUGUCACGAUUAAACCGUCUGACUUCAUACCCUCCCCGGACGCGACCAGACGACGUCUCCGCGAGUCCAUCGUAGUUUGUUUGUUUUCGUUUUGACAGUCUGAGCAGGCCGCAUCUGCUCGCCCCCAGCAUCAGCAGCAUCUUUCCAGCAGCAGCAUCAUCAUUCCCAUCACCGCCAUCCUUGAAUCUGCGCAAUGGCCGAUGUACCAGCGGAGUGCAACAUAAAAGUGCUGUGUCGCUUUCGUCCUCUCAACCAGUCCGAGAUUAUACGCGGGGACCUGUUCCUCCCCAAAUUUCAAGAGGACGACACUGUCAUCGUGGGGGGGAAGUCCUAUGUGUUUGAUCGCGUGUUUCCAACCAACACCACCCAGGAGCAAGUUUACAACACCUGUGCCAAGCAGAUUGUCAAGGAUGUGCUCAGUGGAUACAAUGGCACUAUCUUUGCAUAUGGACAAACCUCCUCUGGGAAGACCCACACCAUGGAGGGAAAGCUGCAUGAUCCUCACCAGAUGGGCAUCAUUCCACGCAUUGCUGAGGAUAUUUUCAAUCACAUCUUUGCUAUGGAUGAAAACCUGGAAUUCCACAUCAAGGUUUCCUACUUUGAAAUCUACAUGGACAAAAUCCGUGACCUUCUGGAUGUGACAAAGACCAACUUAUCUGUCCAUGAGGAUAAGAACAGGGUUCCAUAUGUCAAGGGAUGCACUGAACGCUUUGUAUCAAGCCCUGAUGAGGUUAUGGAUGUGAUUGAUGAGGGCAAAAAUAACCGCCAUGUUGCUGUGACCAACAUGAACGAGCACAGCUCUCGCAGCCACAGCAUCUUCCUGAUCAACAUCAAACAGGAGCAUGUGGAGACGGAGCAGAAACUGUGUGGGAAACUCUACCUGGUGGAUCUAGCUGGCAGUGAGAAAGUCAGUAAGACUGGAGCAGCAGGUUCUGUCCUGGAUGAGGCUAAAAACAUCAACAAGUCUCUUUCUGCUCUGGGAAAUGUUAUCUCUGCCUUGGCUGAGGGAACGAAAAGUCAUGUUCCCUACCGUGACAGCAAAAUGACCCGCAUCCUGCAGGACUCACUGGGUGGGAACUGUCGCACGACCAUGUUCAUCUGCUGCUCUCCAUCCAGCUACAACGAAGGGGAGACUAAAUCAACUCUGAUGUUCGGACAACGCGCAAAGACCAUUAGGAACACGGCCUCCAUUAACCUGGAGUUGACAGCCGAGCAGUGGAAGAGGAAGUACGAGAAAGAGAAGGAGAAGAACAAGACCCUAAAGGAGACCAUUCAGAAACUGGAGGCGGAGCUCAACCGCUGGAGAAAUGGAGAAGACGUGCCUGAGACUGAGAGGACCACAUCAGACAUGGUGACCCAUAUCGAGACCGUGGAGGAGCGCCCCAUUCUGGACAACGACACCUCCUCCAUCGUGGUUCGCAUCUCCGAAGAGGAGCGGCAGAAGUACGAGGAGGAGAUCCGCAAGCUGUACAAGCAGCUGGAUGACAAGGAUGAUGAGAUCAACCUGCAGUGUCAACUGGUGGAGAAGCUGAAGCAGCAAAUGCUGGACCAAGACGAGGUCCUGGCCUCCUCCCGGGGAGAUGGGGACAAGGUCCAGGCUGAGCUCGGUAGGCUGCAGGUGGAGAGCGACUGCGCCAAGGCCGAGGUGAAGGAGGUGCUUCAGGCUCUAGAGGAACUGGCCAUCAACUAUGACCAGAAGAGCCAGGAGGUGGAGGAGAAAGGCCUGCAGAACCAGCUGCUGGCCGACCAGCUGGCCCAGAAAAUGGCAAGUCUGAUGGAGCUGGAGGCGGAGCUGUCUCGUAUGCAGGAGGUGAGCGGUCAGCAGAGAAAGCGCAUCGCCGACGUCCUCAACGGGCUCAUGAGAGACCUCAGCGAGUUCAGCACCAUUGUGGGGAAUGGAGAGAUAAAGCUGCCAGUAGAAAUCAGCGGAGCCAUUGAGGAGGAGUUCACCGUGGCCCGCCUCUACAUCAGUAAGAUCAAGUCGGAGGUGAAGAGCAUGGUGAAGCGAUGCCGCCAGCUGGAGAACAUGCAGCUGGAGUGCCACCGCAAGAUGGAGGAGACCGGGCGGGAGCUCUCCUCCUGCCAGCUCCUCAUCUCUCAGCAUGAGGCUAAAAUCCGCUCUCUGACCGAGUACAUGCAGAGCGUGGAGCAGAAGAAGAGGCAGCUGGAGGAAAGCCACGACUCCCUGACCGAAGAGCUGGCUAAGCUGCAAGACCAAGAUAACUCUCUGCUUGAGGAGAAAGACGGAGAGAAGGGUGAGCUCGAGGAUGGGAAUACAAAGAAAGCCCUUCGUCAGCAGGGGGAGUCUCACCGCGGCCUCCAUCACAAGCAGCUCGCCCGCCUGCGGGAUGAGAUCAACGAGAAGCAGAGGGUCAUCGAUGAGCUCACCGAUCGUAACUCCAAGCUGGAGCUGGAGCUGGCUCAGGUGCGUGCUGACUUUGAACGCCUGAAGAGUCAGGACAGCUGCAAGAGUGAGCGCCUGGAGGAGCUCUCAUUCCUGCAUGAGCGCCAUGAGCAGACCAAACAGGACUUGAGGGGUCUGGAGGAAACUGUUGCCCGCGAACUCCAGACCCUCCACAACCUGCGCAAGCUGUUCGUUCAAGACCUCACGUCGCGGGUUAAAAAAAGUUCCGAAAUGGAGCCUGAUGAUAGCGGGGGGUCUAGCACCCAGAAGCAGAAGAUUUCCUUUCUUGAGAAUAACCUGGACCAACUUACAAAGGUUCACAAACAGCUGGUACGUGACAAUGCAGAUCUGCGUUGUGAGCUUCCAAAGCUGGAGAAACGUCUUCGGUCUACUGCUGAGAGAGUUAAGGCCCUGGAGACUGCACUGAGGGAUGCCAAAGAGGGCGCCAUGAUGGACCGACGCCGCUAUCAGCAGGAGGUCGAUCGCAUCAAAGAGGCCAUGAAGGCUAAGAUCGCUUUAAGACGCUCCCAUGCUGCACAGAUCGCAAAACCAGUGAGACCAAAGCAGCUUCCUGUUUGCUCUCCUACAAACCCGUUCUAUGCCUACAUCCGGGCUACCGAACACGCCAACGCUUACAGCAAUGCCCUCUUCCAGAGCAGCAUGACACCGAAGAGCUCCUCCAGCAUCAACUGCAACCUGAACUCUGUGCAGAGUAACACAGUUUCCACGGCUCUGGGCUACAGAGCAGAAAGAUAUAAUGGCGACGUGCUGGAGUCCUACCCGCUCAACAUUGACAACGGUAACAGCAUCAAUGAAACCAGAGACAUAAAUGACAACAGGAGUGACGUUCACUGUGGCAGUGAGGUGGAUGAUUCAAACAGGCACAACAGCAUGCAGCAGCAGACCGCUUCAAGUUAGCUCGACCAAACACUGUACCCCUUCAAGGACCCUCCCGUUCCGUUUGCAUGCACCCUCUGUAACCUCUGACCACUGCAUCACCAAUGAAGAUGAGGAUGAAGAUCUGUAGCCCUGUAGUAGAUGAAGCCCCACCUGUUUCUUCGGUCUUGCUCCCAGUUUUAGGCUUCAGUCCCUUUCAGUUCAGUCAGUGCUAAUAUAGUCUCAGUCUUGGCUUUAUUUAGAUGACCAAAUCUCAACUGAAUUUAAUCAUUUAAAUCAUUUAAUCAGCUGACCAGCAGACAUCACUCCCUGAGGUGAUUGAACUGAAACAGGAAUGAACCCAGACUGCUCGGUACUUACUUUGUAAAUAGCAGUGCUGUAUACUCCAGUAGUUCUUUUUUGUUUGUUUUUGACCAACAAGUGUUUGUCCAAAUAUCCCAGUUCCUCCGUCCAUAAAACAUUUAAAACGACCAUGAACCUUUUACUCUGUCGUGAAUAAGAGCGUGUACCAGAUAGUCAGAGACUCCUCAGUCUCUUUGUGCAUGUCGCUUAAUUUGCAGGCUAAGCUUUUAGAUCUCUGUAUGUGUCCUGUUUGGAGCUGGUGACAGAUGCAAGAAACAAGAGAGAGAUGGUUUCCCUAAAAUUAGAUCUCGGUGUCAGUGUUGUAUGCUUUCUAUCUCAAAGUAAAUGUCAGUGCCGAUUUGGAUUGUUAAAAAAAAAAAAAAAAAAGCAAAACGCAAUAAAUUAGAGAGGGAAUCCCAGCUCAGACAUACAGUUUUAUUGGGUAAACCUCUACAAACUGCUUUGAUAAUGCUGCUGCUGUAUGAUGGCCUCUGUAAUUCCCUGUAUUGCUCACACACCUCAGUAUCCCCUUUACCAAUUACCGAGCCUUAACAUGAACUGAUAUCUCACAAUCAAUUUAACUCGCCGUCAUUUGCAUAAAGUACAUUUGUAAUUGCUACCGCUAGAGCAGCUUGUUGUUUAUGAAUACCAUUCUUUUAAAAUGCUGAAGAAAAAGAGCUGAUCCUAGAAUAACACUAGAUGUAAGUAGACUUAAAAGCAUUAACUAUAGCUGUAGUUUUCCUCUCAUGUAAUUUAACCAAAAGCAGCAUUUAUAUUUCCUCAGAGUUUGGCCAAUGCAAGGCAUUUUCAAAAAUUGCCUUUUUUAACUUUUAUUAGUGGUUGUGGAAGGGUGGGGGGAGACGGCAGAAGGAGGAGCUUGCCCAAGGUGCCAUUCAUGCAGAAGAAGGAAGUGAAGGAUCCUUUUAAGACAGUAUGGAAGCUGGUUUAGAGGAUCGGAGUUUUUCAUGAUUCAGGUGUUUCCCCGGCUGAGCAGCCACCAGUCGGGGACAUUUUGUGCCAUUUUGCUGUUAUUCUGCAAACAAAUCCUGACCAGCCAAUCAGGAUAGAGGAAAGCAGCUCUUCAUAGGCUGGAGAUAAAUAUGUGCUUGCAAAGAAUCACUGAAUCAAAACGGAAAGGAAAGAGUGAAAAGGAAAGACGGGCUGCUUAACACCCAACCUACUUCUGUCUGCACACUUUAAGACAGGUAUGAGCUAAUUUUGAAUUUUAUUUAUUUUAUUAAGUUUGUGCUCAUAAUUUAAGUAGAUCUGACCCAAGACUUUACAGUUUAAUUAGCCAAAAACAUCCUAAUUGACAGAUUUAAAAAUGUUCAAACACUUUUACUACUUUUUAAAAAUACCCUGGCACCCCAGCAUUUAUCCUGUAUUGCUCCUUCCGUCCAACAUGGCAUCUUGCGUCCUUUUUCGUUACGAUGCCGCUCGGCCUGAUGCUCUUGCUGGCAUUAAUAACAUCUCAGGGCUUAUAACAUACAUAAUCAAAGCAGGCAUACAUCACCGCCAUUGUCUUCCUCCUGAGCUAUGUGAUUGCUGAUGAACAAUCAAUCCGAUCAGUGUGUCCUCUUUAAAUCUAAGCAAGAAAGUGAAUUAACUCACAUUAGAGAAUAUACGUACAUAAAUAUACCUACAUUCUAACUCAUAGCCUUUCAAAUCAAGCAACCCUACAAACCUGCAAUCUUAUAUCAUAUUUAAAUUUUUUUUAUAGAUCUCAAUUACAAGGAGUGUGUAAUAUGUCGUCAUCUGCUAUUAAACUGUCUGAAAUCAGCAUAUCUUAGAAACCCGCUAUAUGUUAGUAAACUUGUAAGUAAAAAGGCGCAUCAUGACAUAGUAGGAUGCACGCUGACCUUGCUCAGUGAAAUGCUUCUUUUAUUUGUUUCUGUAUGCCUAUAAAUGUAGUGUCAACAUGAUUAUGUGAAGAGUCACCUUGCAGAAUAUCUGUAAAUAUAGAUUCAUCACUAGGCUGUAUGUAAACCUGUGCGUUGUAGUAAAAAAGUUCAAUAAAACUGUAAAAAGGUG